AUGUGGUGUUCUGAAGUAAAAAAUAAAUUUCUGUUAACACCUCAGACAACGAUUAUUAAGAACAUCGUUUAUGAAAUCAUUCGUGAAUGUGACAAACGAAAUUUCGUGUGUGAAAAGAAAUUUGUUGUAUUUUUGGUUCAUUUAAUAGCAUUGCAAUUCAAAGACGAAUUCGACUGCAACGAAAAACUUGAUCGCAAGUCCAUAGAAGAACUCAUCAGCAUUUGUUUAAAUCACAUCAUUGAUUUAAACGAGACGCCAAUGAACAUAACUCUAAAGAUGCAAGUUUUCUUCAUUGAAAAUUCCAAGUCGUACGAAGAAACCAUAAACGAGUAUCACGAGAAUCUCAGCAAAAAGACGAACAUGUUGGUGAAAGAAAUUAUUGAGAGUCCCGCAAAAGACAAAGAUGAGCUGCUUCUCAUGAAAAAAAAGAUUAUUGUCGACAUAGUUUUACAAACUGCACUCGGAAGUCCCUCAAACCAAGAAGUUAGUUUAUAG